CCCUGAUCAAUAAAUUCCCUUCUUGUUAAUGCUAAUGCAGGGUGCAAUCCUUAACAUUGUCUGUGUUUGAGAUAGAGAAUUAAAGAGAAAGACAUGGGGAGUGUGACGGUGUUUGGCCUGCCAGCAUCCACUGAUGUGGCCAGGGUGUUAGCAUGCCUCUUUGAGAAGGAUGUCGAGUUCCAACUGGUUCGCAUAGACACAUACAAAGGAAAUCAGAAAGUGCCCGAGUUCCUUAAACUACAGGAUUGCUCAGGCCAAGUAACCUUCAAAGAUGGAAAUACCACACUGACAAAUUCAAGAGAAAUUUGCAGGUGUGUUUGCACAGAGUACGCAGACAGCGGAAACAAGAACAUAUUUGGGACCGGUGCACUUGAAAGAGCAUCCAUUGAGCAAUGGUUGCAAGCUGAAACUCAAAACUUCGAUCCUCCGAGCUCUGAUCUAGUCUUUCAGUUAGCUUUCGCUGCCCCCUUGGGCUCGAUACCAGACCAAACUAUCAUUGCAAAUAGUGAGAAGAAGCUUGCCAAAUUGUUCGAUGUCUAUGAUAAAAGGCUUGCCGAGAGUGAGUUCUUGGCUGGUGAUGAGUUCACAAUUGCCGACUUAUCUCACCUGCCUAAUUCCCAAUACAUUGUGACCAAGUCUGAGAAGGGAAGAGAGCUCUUCAAGAAAAGAAAGAAUGUGGACAGAUGGUGGAAUGCUAUAUCUUCAAGGGCUUCAUGGAAGAAGGUGGUUGAAAUGCAGCAGGAGCAUCCUGGUUUGCUUGAGAAAUUCACUUACUGAUAUGAUGAAUGUUUGUGGCUUGUGUGUUUGUGGUCAGUGACCAUUUGAACUUGGUGUUUAAUCUAUGAAGAACCUCUGCUGGUAUUAA